AUAAUACGAAUCAGAAAAAAAAUCCUAAUUCUUGUUCAUCUUUGGAAAAGAUAAAUUUCAUGUGUUUAUUUAUUCGUUUGCAUGUGAUUUCGAAAGAGAGAAUCCUCGCAAUGGCAACGGAGUCUUGAGUUCAGAGAUAGGGCAGACCUACAAGACAUAUGGCGUAUCUCACUGCAGAUCCCAAACUUUUGCUUCAGUAACUUGGAAACCUUGAUUCUGGACGGGUGCCACUCUUUAUCAGAUGCACUUCCCUUCACUUUGCUUCCUUUAUUACCUCGAUUGCAAACAUUGAAAGUUCAGAAUUGUGAUUAUAUGAAAACCAUAUUUGAUGUCAAAUGCACAACACAAGAUACAUUAGUUACUUUUCCUCUAAAUGAAUUGGUUUUAUCGGAGCUGCCAAAUCUGGAAACUGUUUGGAAUGAAGAUCCUCAUAGAAUUCUAAGCAUGCACAAUCUACAGAAAGUGUUUGUUGAUAGAUGUAAAUGCCUUCAAAGACUGUUUCCAGCAUCGGUAGCCACAGAUCUUGAGAAACUCGAAACUCUAGUUGUGAAAGAUUGUGCAGGAUUGAUGACAAUUGUUGCAGAGGAAUCUGAAGAUCAGGACAAAGAAAUAAUAUUUCAGCGGCUCCGGGUUUUGGAUCUUACAAGAUUAGAAAAGUUAAGGUGCUUUUACGCUGACAAUCUUACUUUAAGUUUUCCAUCCUUGGAGGAAGUCCACGUCAUCAACUGCAGCUCCAUGAAAACUUUCGGUGAGUGGUACUACGAAGAAUAUGAGAGCCCGCGAGAGGAAAGCGAUCUUAAUUCUGCUGUGCGAAGAACUUCUGAAGAACAGGUUGACUCCAAAUUGCAGUAAUUAAGAGGAGAUUGAAGGCAUAAAGUGUGGAUGAAGAUGAAUGUGUCCCUAUUUUACUACGUAUGAUUGUGUUUUAAAAAACAAAAUUGUAUUGUUGUACCUGAUUGAUGAUGAAAUACAUUAUUAUCUAUAUUAUGUAAUGUGUGAGAUGAAAUCUCAUGAAAGGUCAUAAAUAUUGAGUAAGGAGUGAUGAACUGUGUCACAAAAAUAUUGAUUGUAUUACUUGUGUGUUAUGUGUGUUGAUAAAAAAAAAAAAGAUUAUGUUUCUGUUCA